AUGGCGUUAUCAGAGACAUACCAGACCAUCCAAAGCUGGAUCACUCGACAGCUAGAAUACGAGGCUACACACGGUUCUCCCGCGCCUUUGACAGACACCCAACGGAAGCUACUUGAGAAGCUUCAGAUUGCGCUACCUCCUGCUAUACCACCUCAACCUGAACCGGAUCUUGGGGAUGCUAAUUGGAUCGGUCUCUUAUUAGAAUACCGAGCUGCCCGUCAACGAGUCUCCACCAAAGCUCCCGGAGGUGAUUUUAGUGAGAUACCAGGCCCAGUUGUAUAUGGGGUUCAGAAGUGGCAUUAUCAAGUACGCAUCGAUGAGCACUCGGAACCGUUUCCUGGACCUGAUGGUGGUUUGUUCCCAGAUGGAACGAUGCCGUCAUUCGCACGAAAGAAAGACGCCAAAAAGUAUGCAGCAAAAUGUGCUGUUGAGUGGCUCGGCGUAAACCGAUAUAUGUCUCGACUCAACGUCAACGGCGUAAAAUCCCCUCCAGUCCAAGAACAACCAGCCACGCCACAACCUUCGCCAGCUAGGAAGAAGCAGAAAGUUAUGCCAUCUUCACCUGAGAAUCCCGAGGCUUCUACUUCUAGCCCGCAGCCAAACGAAGACUCGGAGAGCUUUUUACCUAAGGGAAUUGCCUCCACUUUCAACGGUGACGAGGUCUCAGCUGUUUUCGAAGCCGAACGGCUAUGCACCGGACUCGGGUACCCUAGCUUUCCUCAGUUUAAAGUCACAGAGAGCAAGAUGGCCGGUUUCUAUAACGGUCUUCCAGAGCUAGGGGCUCUAGCUUUGAAAUUACCCCCAGGCAUCGGCCACGUAAAGGAUAUCUACGGCAAAAAAGCAGUUAGGGAAAAAAUCGCGGAAGAGUUGCUUGAGCCUCUACGCAAGCUAGCUGCACAAUCUGGGAAAACAGGUUCGUUGCCAGUUAGAGAGGCAGAACCGCAGGUUCCGGCCUAG